AUGUUCACUUGCCAACAGCGCUUGAGUCAGGCGUCUAAGAUUGCAGCAAGCCGACGAAGCCGUGUUCUUCUUUCACAGGCAGUGGCCGAACUGGGUCGCGCGACUGUGUCUUCUGCACUACUCGAUCUGGCCCUUGGACUAGACGCCUUUAAUACUAGUGCCGAAUGGGCUAUGCGUCGAUUGAGCGCUGAUAUGAGUGACACUCGACGCGCUCUCGAACAGUCCGAAUGGCUGGCAGGCGCUCGCCAGCUUUAUGAGACGGUACGUAGUAUGCGUAAUGAAAAAAUUGAUCCCUCUGACGCCACAAAGCCGUUUGUCGAGUGGACUGGUCUUUUAGCCACGCCCGAAUUGCUCAACUCAGCUAUCAAUCCGCCACCCAAACUCACACUCUCCCCCCAUUUGCCACGUUUUCGGCCAGCCGACCUCCAGCUGCCUGUGCCACCAAUCCGUCUAUCUCCAGGAAAACAUUCCCCUUCGGCUUCUGUAUCAUCCUCAAAACCUUUUUCACUUGAAGACUUGAGCCUAAAUCGA